AUGCUACAGGUGCAGCAUAACAAGUUGGAACAAGAUGGAGGAAUGAAGGAAACGGCAGGGUUGUGCAAAGUUGCCGCGACCCGGGAUCGGACCAGGGACCUUCAGAUCAUCAGUCUGACGCUCUCCCAACUGAGCUACUGA